UGUAUUAAGAUAAGCAUAUUGCCAAUUUAAUAAAAACAAAUCAACUCAACUUAAACCAAAAAUCAAUCUAAAUGAGUCUUAUUCUAUCCGAACCCGAUCCAAACAACACAUUUGCCACUGUCAGGCUCUAACAUUUUACAUUUUCUACUUUCCUAUGGCUCACUAUAGUCUAUACCAACAACAAAAAUAUAAAAUAAAAUAAAAUAAGAGCCCCUGAGCCGCCCAAACGAAACACCCAGAAAUAGUAUUGCCCCGCAUUACUCUUCUCCAUUCCUCUCUUCUCCUUUCUCUCUCUCUCUCUUUCUCUUUUCAUUCAUCUGCAUUUCUCACCCAGAAAAACCAGAGAAUUACAUAACAAACAAUUGAAUAAAGAUGAUACAUCUUCUAUACACAGUAAUCUUCAUUGAAGCAGCCAUAAUUUUGCUGCUACUUUUCAAAACUCCAUUAAGAAAGCUUGUAAUUGCUGUUCUUGACAAAAUCAAACGUGGUCGUGGUCCAAUUGUCAUCAAAACUGUCUCUGCUACUAUCGCCAUUGUUUUCUUUUCCACCAUUUAUAGCACUCUUAAGAUCCAACGUCGUGCUAUUGGAGAAGAUGGUGGGCCCGAUACUCUUAAUCCCACUGAUCAAGUCAUCUUUUCCAGGCAUCUUCUUGAAGCUUCUCUUAUGGGAUUCAUCUUGUUUCUGGCACUAAUGAUUGAUCGUCUGCACCACUACAUCAGAGAACUUCGUUUGAGGAGAAAGACCAUGGAGGCUGUGAAGCGAAAUGACAUGAAAUCUGCUGGCCCUAGCUCUGAGGAAUUGAAAGCCAGAGAGCAGCAGGUAGGCACAUUUAAAGAUAUGAUUAGGCAGCUGGAAUCAGAUCUUGAGAGCAAGGUUAAGGAAGCAAGUACAUCAGAAGCUACUGUUGAGGCUCUUAGGAAGCAAUCGGAGGGGCUACUUCUUGAAUAUGACCGUUUGUUAGAAGAAAACCAAGAACUUCGGAAUCAGUUGCAGACGCUGGACCACAAAAUAUCACUUUCCACUGGCAAGAAGGACUCGUAAUGGAUACUUUGCAACCCCCUGUGAAAGAUUUUGUAGGCUCCUUGGUCUUCCUUUGAAGCUACACAAGUUUUUGAUUUUGUUCAUUAUACUUUACAUCAUUGUGACACUUGAGAGAGCAAGAUGAGCAAGAUAUAGGACGAGAAAUACUGACACGCGAAGGAAUACAAAAAUAGUAAUCCUGAAGUGUGUGUUCGCUCAUUACCAUUAUGCAUAGGUUUUUGAUAGUUUUCUUCUUCCUUUUUUUUAAUAUUCUUUUUCCUGUUACUAUUCAGUUUUAUGUUUAUUGAUACAUAGAGUUCUGUUACUUCAAUCUUCCAGCAUGUCAGACUCUGUUAUGCUUGCUCUUUCUGCUAGAAGAGAUUCUCAACUUACUAAUUUA